CAGGCGUAUCACAGUUUCAAAUUCAUUAAUAAAUUAAUAGUUAUUUGCUUCUUUAAUAAUCGAUUAGUUUCAGUCUCCCUCUCUUAUUUUCCACCUUUGCAUUAAAUUUAUUUAUUAAUUGAGAAGAGAAGUUUUUUAAGAUCAUCUCUUAAUGUUUAAUAUAAAAACUAUUAUUAAAAUAAUUUUACCGUAUAACAACGUGAGGGACGAACGGAAUUUUUAUAUUUAAGAAAACAGUGAUAAUUAUUAAAGAAUAAUAAAAUUUUAGUUGAUCUCAGUCAGGCAGAGGUGCUUAUUAAAUUUUGUUUACAUAAAAAAUAUACUCAAAUUUUUUUCUUAAAAAUAUUUCAGUGUAUUAAUUUAAUCAUAGUUCACAACAAUUCAAUAAAAAAAUAUAAUAAUUAAAAAUCAAAAACAAAAAAUUACAAUUUAUAAUUUUCAAAUAAGAAAAUUAAAGAAAAAAUGGCAAUAAAUGUUCCAUUAACAAAUUAUAGUGGAGAAAAACUUUCCCGCCAUGAAUUAUUAAAUUGGGUAAAUGAUACAUUGUCAGCAAAUUAUAAAAAAAUUGAAGAAUUGUGUUCUGGAAUAGCAUAUUGUCAAUUAAUGGAAAAAAUAUUUCCUGGUUCAGUAGCUAUGAAAAAAUUAAAAGUAAAUGCCAAAAUGGAUCAUGAAUAUAUCUGGAAUUUAAAAUUAUUUCAAUCAGCAUUUACAAAGCUUGAAUGUGAUAAGACUGUACCAAUAAAUCAAUUGAUGAAAGGGAAAUUUCAAGAUAAUUUUGAAUUUUUAUUAUGGUUUAAAAGAUUUUAUGAAGUUAAUGGUGGUUUAGAUGUUGAUUCAUCAAAAAACAAGGAAACUAAUAAUAAUAAUAUUGUAAAAACUUCAACAAGAAAAUCAUUAUCGACAAAUCUUACAACUACUGAUAAAACAAGUCAAAAUUCCUCAUCAAAAAGUAGUUAUAAAGGUACACCAUCGCCACAUGCACAAUCACCAAGAUCACAAUCACCAAACAAAGAUGGUUCACAAUCACCAUCGGCUCUUAAAAUAUUAAAUACAGAAAGAGAUACUCUAAAACUUCAUUAUGAAACUGUCGAAAAAGAGAAAUUAUUUUACUUUGACCGAUUACGGAAAGUAGAAAUUUUAUGUGAUGAAAAUGAAGACAAUCCCGAUUUCGCAGAUAUUAUAAAGAAAAUUCGAAAUUUAAUGUAUCAAACUGAAGGAAAAGGAAAUGAGGAAAUUAUUACAACAAAUGAAGAACCUGAAGUACUUGAAGAAUAUUGAAAAUAAAUUUAAUUUCUGCAAGAACCAAGAAAUUUUUUAGUUAAAAUUUAUAUUUUUUUUCUGUACUUUGUACUUUUUUCCCAUUUUUAUUUUUAUAAAUUUUGUGAUUGUUUUAUAUAAAUAUUUAAUAUUAAAAUUAAACUAAUUGUUAAUUAUUAAAAUGCAAGCAAGUUAAAGAAACAAAAUUAGUUAUUUAUAUUUGGAAAUUAGAAAAAAACUUAUUAAUAAUAUUUCAUUAACUUAAUUUUAAAAACAUAUUUGUAUAUGUACUUAUUAAC